UACCGCCGUAAGCCCCACAACCCACCUUUCUGGUACUCGUUCGAGUACGGGCCCGUACAUUUCACAAUGCUGUCUUCGGAGCACAAUCUGGAACGGGGCAGCGCCCAGCGGAGGUGGCUGGAGGACGAUUUGGCGGCCGUGGACAGGUGCCGUACACCCUGGGUCAUUGUCGGUCUGCACCGGCCCAUGUACGUUGUGUACCCUCACAAGUUCAACCGGGUGGUGGGUGAGCACAUCCGCUCCUCCCUGGAGUCCCUGCUGGUGGAGCAGCUGGUGGAUGUGGUGCUGUCGGGUCACGUGCACACCUAC